AUGGAUAAGUAUUUUACGUCGCACGAAAUUGAAAUGUCGACGGUGUUUGUGUGUCUUUGUUGGAUAAAGUCGGCUGGAGCGCUGCAAGGAGACGGAGGUCUAAGUCGCAACACGAGUUUGACCUUGAAGCAUACCGCCGAUCUCUUGACUCGAAUCAAUGUUUCUCUAAAUGACCAUUUGGCUGCCAUAAAUCCGUUGGUAGCGGGACUUACAAUGCUGGAUCAUCAUUUAGAAUACUUGGACUUAGCGAGUGAGGCUGUGGCGACAUCGAAGCUACGUAGUUUCUGUCAUGUGAUAUACUGGACCUUUACGGAGAAAUGA